UUCGCAGCAUCGAGAUGGGGAAGAUGGCGGCUGCGGUCGUUUCAUUAACCUCGCUGGCAACAGAGCCCAAAGAGGAUGCUUUCCGGAAGCUUUUCCGCUUCUACAGGCAGAGCCGGCCGGGCACGGCGGACCUAGGAGCGGUCAUCGACUUCUCAGAGGCUCACCUGGCUCAGAGCCCGAAGCCCGGCGUGCCCAAGGUGGUCAGAUUCCCUCUGAACGUGUCCUCAGUGACUGAGCAUGAUACCUCUAGGGCAGGACUUCAACCUGUGAGCAAGUGGCAGGCCUAUGGACUGGAAGGCUAUCCUGGAUUUAUUUUUAUUCCAAAUCCCUUCCUCCCGGGAUGCCAGUGGCACUGGAUAAAACAGUGCCUUAAGUUAUAUUCCCAGAAACCUAAUGUAUGUAACCUGGACAAGCACAUGACUAAAGAAGAGACCCAAGGUCUGUGGGAACAGAGCAAAGAGUUCCUAAGGUCUAAAGACAAGACUAAGCGGAGACCCCGAAGUUUACUAGAGAGACUGCGCUGGGUCACUCUGGGCUACCAUUAUAACUGGGACAGUAAGAAAUAUUCAGCAGAUCAUUAUACACCUUUCCCUUCUGACCUGGCUUUCCUCUCAGAGCAAGUCGCCACUGCCUGUGGAUUUCAGGGUUUCCGAGCAGAAGCGGGUAUCCUGAAUUACUACCGCCUAGACUCCACACUGGGAAUCCAUGUGGACAGAUCGGAACUAGAUCACUCAAAACCCUUGCUGUCCUUCAGCUUUGGACAGUCUGCCAUCUUUCUCCUGGGUGGCCUCAAGAGAGAUGAAGCUCCCACAGCCAUGUUUAUGCACAGUGGUGACAUCAUGGUAAUGUCAGGUUUCAGCCGCCUGUUAAAUCAUGCAGUCCCUCGAGUCCUUCCACAUCCUGCUGGGGAGUGCCUGCCUCACUGCCUGGAGACACCUCUCCCAGCUGUCCUCCCUAGCGGAUCAUUGCUUGAGGCCUGUUCUGUGGAAGACUGGCAGGUGUGUGGCACCUACUUGAAAACUGCUCGAGUUAAUAUGACUGUUCGGCAGGUGCUGGCCACAGGCCAGGACUUUCCUUUAGAACCCAUGGAGGAGCCAAAAAGAGACGCUACUGCAGAUGGUUUGUGCCAUCUGCAUGACCAGAAAAGCCCUGUAAAACGGAAGAGGUUAAAUACCAACGACUAAAGCUUAGGGGACUCUCUGGUUGCCUCACACAGGGGCAGGGAAGAACUCAUCUGCCAUGCUUCUGCCUUGGGCCCAUCUUAGAGCAUAAACUGAGUUUGUCCAGAGAAGUGUCCUACUCGGCCCAGUUCUAGCUCUUAUUAGGUGUGUGUGUGUUUGUCAUACCACAUUGGUAUAAUGGUCCACACAGACGAAAGCAUUUGAAGUGAGUUCAUAUGUCUGUGUCGAGUCAACACCUCAGUUUGCUGAUAGGAAAUAGUGUCUUUCUCCCAGCACUUUGUGAUCUAUGAACCAGCCACCAGAAUUCCUAACUUCUAGUCGUCAAAUUCUUUGGCUCUUCACUCUUUUUUGCUCUCACAGAGGAAUCUUAAGCAGAUGAAGACAGUGGAAUUAAAACUGUGACCCUCGGGGUUGGGGAUUUAGCUCAGUGGUAGAGCGCUUGCCUAGGAAGCGCAAGGCCCUGGGUUCAGUCCCCAGCUCCGGAAAAAAGAGCCAAAAAAAAAAAAAAAAACUGUGACCCUCAGGAGUCACAAUUGUCACAUGAUUGGUAGAGCACAUGCCUGCCAUGCACUAAGCCCUGGGUUCAAUAACCAGUACCACAUAAGCCAGAUGUAGUGCGUCCCUGUUUCCCAUGCACUCCGGGGUACAGGAUCAGACUUGAAGGUCAUCCUGCAUCUCUAGACUCUUCCUGAUAAGUUUUUAAUUUGCUUAAAAGUCUCUAGGGUGUUUUGUUAGCUGUUUUCUCCAUGAAUAAACUUACUCUACAUUAAAGAUCUCUGUCUUUGAGGUUAGUGUAUCAGGAGUUUACUUUUCCCUCAUUGUAUUGUUCACGCUAUUGAAGUCUCAGGCUGUCUUUCCUUUCCCCUAAGUAUUGUGCUGUUGCAGGAAAAAUGUUCCUUGACCAUCCAGUCAUGGUGUCAGAAGUGCAAUGUCGUCUCCAUAGGGGAAUUUGGUGCUCCUUUCUAGAAACUGAGUGUGCCUGUUAAUUUGGGAGACAGGGACUGGCUGGAAGCCACUGUGCUGCCUGAAGUGUGAUUUGUUCCAUUUCCAUCUUUCUCUGCCCUGUCCCCCCACCCCCAUUAUUUAUCUGCACUUGAUCAUUGAGUUUGUAUGAGAAUAGCAGGUAUGGUAUUUUUUUUUUAUAAAGAAAAAUUAAUACAUAUCCCUUAUAUAAGCUAGAUUGUAAAAACUAGUGUAUGAAAUUUUCCUUUGGGAAAUUUUCCUUAACUUUUUCUUGAUAGGUUAUUAAACUUGAUCCACAUAAAUCCAACAAGCUGGGGUUUUUUUUGGGGGGGGGUGUUUUGGUGAGCCCAACAGAAAGUUUAUCAAUGCCAUUAAAACAGGCGAGUUAGCUAGGCAGGGGUGGCACUUGCCAUAAUCCCAGCACUCAGGAGGUAGAGGCAGGUGGGGCUCUGAAUUUGAGACCAGCUUGGUCUACAGGAUGAGUUUUGGGACAGCCAAGGCUGUUACACAAAGAAACCCUGUCUCAGGAAGAAAAAAACCUAUAGUGCCUAUAAGAUAAGGCACUCUUAGAGCCAGCUAGAAUAAGCUAACCAGGAGCACCCGGGCGGUGGGCCCCUGUAGGGAGCGCAUUCAAAUAGACUGGAUUAGAGGUCAGCAAACUGGCUCGUUUCUGUUUUCCUGUGUGCAAGCCGUUUCUAAGUGGCUGUGGGGAGGGUUCAUAAGAAUGUUCUGUGACACAUAAAAAUCCUAUCAAGUCCCAAUAUCCAGAGUUAAUUUCUUGAAUGAGAGGCAACUGGAGAGAUGACCCAGAAGACCCCUAUGUUCCAUUCCCAGCACUCACAUACAUGACAGCUCAUGAGUAUCGAACUCCAGUUCAGGGGAGCCAACACCCUCUCUGGCCUCUGGUACCCAAGUGCACUUGUGGUACAUACAUAAAGAGGCAAAACACAAACACACCAAAAAAAAAAAUGUGUUUAGUGAGGUUUGUGUGUGCGUAUUUUAAAGAUUUUAGGAACAAAUACCUUUGAGUAUUUUGAGUACAAGGUUAGAGAAUCCUACA